CUUCAACACAAGACCCACAACACACCGGUGACAUGAAGUUACCGGCGUCAGGCUUGGUUCUCGCCGGUUUGCAGGCAGGGAGCUGCCCCGGUCUGUGAUUGGAGGACGACGUGCCACGUGCACAUUUCUUUACUAUGCCACAUGAGCGCCUUUAGUCACCUGUCAGGCUGUCCCCGCGCGGCGAUCGGACCUUCUCUGUAAAGGUUUCAGCUGAAUAACGUCCUCAAGAUUUUUUUUUAAUGCAUUAAGCCGAUUCUACAUUUCCAAAGACCACGAUGGCUCUGAGGUCGUUCGACAUCGACGCGCCCCGAUGGGAUCAGUCCACGUUUAUGGGUCGGCUCAAACACUUCUUCAACAUCACCGACUGCAGGACAGCGAUCCUCCCCGACUCACGUCUGGAUGAGGCCAAAGCUUUAGUGGACAGCUGCAGGGCGGGUUCCAUCCCUCCUGGCACCACCGAGGAGCAGCUCCACUACGCCAAGAAGCUGUACGACUCGGCCUUCCACCCGGACACGGGAGACCGCAUGAACAUCAUCGGACGCAUGUCGUUCCAGGUGCCCGGAGGCAUGGCCAUCACCGGCUGCAUGCUGCAGUUCUACAGGACAGUUCCUGCUGUGGUGUUCUGGCAGUGGGUGAAUCAGUCCUUCAACGCUCUGGUCAACUACACCAACCGGAACGCUGCCUCUCCCAUCACUCCCAAGCAGAUCGGCAUCGCCUAUGUUACAGCAACCAGCACAGCAUUAGCCACAGCCGUCGGGCUAAACCUCUACACGAAGAAAGCUCCUCCACUGGUGGCUCGCUGGGUCCCCUUCGCAGCUGUGGCAGCGGCCAACUGUGUUAACAUUCCUAUGAUGAGGCAGCAGGAAAUUCUGAAUGGCAUCUCUGUCACCGAUGAAAACGGCAACAAACUGGGCCACUCGAAGAAAGCAGCCGUGAAAGGAAUCACCCAGGUGGUCAUUUCUCGGAUCACCAUGGCCGCACCGGGAAUGAUUGUUCUUCCUAUCAUCAUGCAGAGGCUGGAAAAAUACAAGUUCAUGCAGAGAAUCACGUAUCUCCACGGGCCGAUUCAAGUGAUGAUGGUGGGAGUGUUUUUGGUCUUCAUGGUGCCUGCUGCCUGCUCCCUCUUUCCUCAGAGAUGCUCCAUGGCCGUGUCAAAGCUGGAGCCGGACCUCCGAGACUCCAUCAGGUCUCAGUACGGAGACGCAGUGCAACACGUCUACUUCAACAAAGGCCUCUGAGGCCCCCAGCCAGGCCUGAUUAGUGUUUACUCUUCUACACUCAAGACCGAAUACGUAUUUUUUUUUUUUUUUUUUUUUUUUUUAUGUAGCCUUACUUAAUUUUUUUAAUAAUCACAUUGAUUCAUUUUAUUUUCCAAUUUUCCAACUUUUAAACCUCACUGCAGGGUUGCAGAUCAGUCACGUCACUCUUUUGGGUCAAAUGAACUCUUGCUGUAAACCUGGCGCACGCUCUCUGUACUCCUGUUGAGAAACCAAACGAUUUCAUCUCAGGAACAUUGCCAGAUUAAAUCAGUUAGAUUGUCUUUCUCAGCUCUCCCCACCGCUUGUUUUGUUUCUGUGUCGGUGUUAUAGGGGGGAUAAAAAGUCGCUGUCAUUCUGUCAAGCCUCCUCACAGUCUGUGCCUUUUUACAGAGCAGCGGGAACGGCAACACGGCCGCGCUUCGCGCAUUAUUCCUUUUUCUUUUAGAACUGACACGGCCUGAACUGUGAAACUUGAGUCUCUAUGCAUGUCUGAACGGGUGAUUCAGAGCAGUGGAGGCUACUGCCCUCUUCUGCCAGGAUGGAGGUAAAUGUUGGAUUUAAGCAUUUGAACGCUGACCUCAGUACAAGAUGGAAUAAAACCUAUGAAUUUGA